AUGCGCGUAUCUUAUAAGGAGGGCCAUCGAAACCAGGUUUGUUUGUUGUGUUUUGUUGGAAUUCACACGAUAGCGAGGAAGUCGGUGUUCAUGCCUCAACGGGUACGUAAGGCGUUUUUUCCAACUGGAAUUAGUAGAUACGUGAGGAUUGUUCAGAGUUUCAAUAAUAGCGAAGUGGGAUACGUCCGGCUCCAUGUGUUGCUCAUCAUUUUCUUAGCAGAUUUCGCAUUAUCAUCGGCUCUCUCGGAGGAUAGCGCAUCAUCAACGACUAAAAGAACUGUUGCCGAAGAAAACCAUCUAGCGGGUGUCCUGAGUAAAGAAGGAAUUGCUUCAGGAAAUGAUGGGGAUUCAUCAGCAGGAAAGAAGCCGCUAACGGAUCCAAUACCAUUCAAUCACUCAACUCUCGAAGGUAUUUCAUCACGGUUGACAAGAUGGGUCACAAUUCGUCCAAUUAAACCUACGACUACAUCAACUACGACUACAACUAUGACUUCCAAACCUACGACAACUACAACAUCAACCACGACUAGAACUACAACAUCAACUACAACUAGAACUACAACAUCAACUACGACUAGAACUACAACAUCAACUACGACUAGAACUACAACUUUAGAACCUAGAAAAACUAGAACUACCACUAGAAGCACAACUACAACUUCUAAACCUACGACAACUAGAGCUACAGCUAAAACUACAACUAAAACCACGAUUAGAGCUACAACUUCUAAACCUACAAAAGCUUCAACGAGCAUUCGUACGCCCCAACGUACACGACGGCCAACGACAGAAGCGGAACCAGAGCCGGAACCAGAACCGGACCCAGACGAUGGCCUACCUGUCCUACCUCCGUUACCUACGACGAGACCAAAAAAAGUAACAUCGACAACGCGAAGAAUAACGGACGGUGAUCCUGGUCCUAGUGAGGAAAAAGAGACAUCCACUACUGAAGCUACAAGUGUUUGGCAAGGAGGAAGUACUAGAAGUGAAGGGCUCAUCAUCGGACCUUCUGACAUUCGUGGAAAACAGCCGCGCAAAUACAAGCACAUGAAUAAUGGAGCAGUGGUUUUGCUAGUAUGUGGAAUAAUUCUUUCGCUACUUUUGGGGAUUCUAGUGGUCUUAAUAACUAUGAUGAUGGCCGCUGACAAGAAAGAAGAUGAUAGAGGGAUGCUGUGGCUAUGGAAGACCCAUAGCUGUGAAUGGCUGUUAAUGUUUGCUUGUUUUUGUGCUCAAAAUUUGGCAAAAGCAAAUUCUACAAAUGUGACUUUACUAAUUAGCAAUGAAACCAGCCAUCAUUUUACAACUCGACUCUUAACACUCUCAAAACAACAGCGAACGACUCUAGAAACAACAACAAAAGCACAUAUCUCAGAUAAUGUGACAACGACCAAGAACCGAGAAGAACUCACAAAGAACGUAACUUCACAGACUACGACGACUUCACGUUCAUCAUCAACAUUGGAGUCUUCUCAGACAAUUUCCACACCAAUAACAGAACAGGCAUUUUCUUCAUCACCUCGACUAACCUCCUCUGAAGAAAAUUCAGAACUCCCUUCAACGGGAACGGAUUCGAAACUCUUAUCACAGGGAACAUCAUCGAAGACCCCUUCAAAAAGAACGUCAGCACGAACGGAAGCGUCAAGCACGCCUAGUUUAAAAUCUCAACAUUCUUCCUCCACUAGUGCUCUACCGCCUCUGGAAAAAUCAACGACUUCUACAAAACGAGUAUUAACGGCAUCCACUCAACAACCUCAAUCCACCGUUCUCAGAACAACUCAACCUCCAAGAUCAAAAAUUACCACGGAAGGACCAAUCAGUCCCACUAAAAGCUACACGAAACAGAAUGACAAUCAAACUACCAGAAAACCAGAUCAGAAUAUUGUAACAGAUUACAACGCGAAAAACAAGAUGGGAAAAGAUUCAAUGGAUGCGGGUCGCUACAAUAAUGCUGCAGUCUUUGUAGUAGUCUGUUGCGGCCUGACAACGAUUUCAUUGGCUAUACUGGCUGUACUUCUUCUUCUUGUACUAAAGAAGGUGAAGGAGAAGGAUGUCACAUCUACAGCGAAGACACCAAGAGGUUUAACACAGCAGAAGUCUAGCAGUAACAAAAAACGAAAAUAG